AAUUUUUGGAUGUGUAUGUGAUUUUUUUUUUAUGAAUAUUAAUUGAUGUAUUAAUUGAUCACUUCAUUUGUUAGGGAUAAUGAAGCAACUAUGACCGAAAAGAUCGCUACAGAUGUUUCUAACAUGCUGAAUAAUUACUCACCGUCAAGAGAUUUUGAUGGUUUGAUUGGGAUGGAUGCUCAUAUGAAAGAAAUGGAAUCGUUGUUAUGCCUAGACUCUGAUGAAGUAAGGAUGAUUGGGAUUUGGGGUCCGUCUGGGAUUGGGAAGACCACCAUUGCCAGAGUCUUAUAUAGCCAAUUUUCUGAAAAUUUUGAAUUGAGUAUCUUCAUGGGGAAUAUCAAAGAGUUGAUGUAUACAAGACCAGUGUGUUCUGAUGAGUAUAGUGCGAAGAUUCAGUUACAGAAACAAUUUUUAUCCCAAAUAAUCAACCACAAGGAUAUGGAGCUUCAUCAUUUAGGAGUUGCACAGGAUAGGUUGAACGACAAGAAAGUGCUUAUUGUUCUCGAUAGCAUUGAUCAGUCAAUACAACUAGAUGCUAUUGCAAAAGAAACUCGGUGGUUUGGCCAUGGAAGUCGGAUUAUCAUCACAACACAAGACCAAAAACUUUUGAAGGCACAUGGAAUCAACCAUAUUUACAAGGUGGAGUUUCCAUCAGCAUAUGAAGCUUAUCAGAUGUUUUGUAUGUAUGCUUUUGGCCAAAACUUCCCUAAUGAUGGUUUCGAGGAGCUUGCUUGGGAAGUUACAAAACUUUUAGGUCAUCUACCUUUGGGACUAAGAGUUAUGGGUUCCCACUUCCGAGGAAUGUCUAGGCAUGAGUGGGUAAAUGCUUUACCAAGGUUAAAGAUUCGCCUUGAUGCUAGUAUUCAAAGCAUUUUAAAGUUCAGUUACGAUGCCUUAUGUGAGGAAGAUAAAGAUUUGUUCCUUCAUAUAGCUUGCCUUUUCAACAAUCAAGAAAUGGUGGAAGUUGAAGAUUAUCUUGCUUUAAGUUUCUUGGACGUGAGGCAAGGGUUUCACCUCUUAGCCGAGAAAUCUCUCAUAAAUCUUAAGUUUUUAUCUACUAACUGUACACGUAUAGAGAUGCACAAUCUACUAGUGCAAUUAGGUAAAGACAUUGUUCGUCAUAAGCCUGGGCACCAAUCCAUUUGUGAGCCUGGGAAGCGUCAAUUUUUGAUUGAUGCUAGAGAUAUUUGUGAAGUACUCACUGAUAACACGGGUAAUAGAAAUGUUGUAGGUAUAUUUUUGGAAGUAAGAAACCUAUCAUGCCAAUUAAAUAUAAGUGAGAGAGCUUUUGACGGAAUGUCAAACCUUAAAUUCUUAAGAUUCCAUGACCCAUAUGACGACGAAAGUGAUAAAUUGUACUUGCCACAAGGGUUGAAUAAUCUACCUCAGAAACUUAGAUUAAUAGAAUGGAGCCGGUUUCCGAUGACUUGUUUGCCUUCUAAUUUUUGUACGAAGUAUCUAGUCGAGAUACGUAUGAAGAACAGCAAACUUCAGAACUUGUGGCAAGGAAAUCAGCCCCUUGGAAAUCUCAAGAGGAUGGAUUUGAGUGAGUCGAAACACCUAAAAGAACUACCUGAUCUCUCAACUGCCACUAACCUUGAAUAUUUGAUUAUGUCUGGAUGCAUAAGUUUGGUGGAGCUCCCCUCCUCUAUUGGAAAGCUUCGUAAAUUGCUAAUGUUGAGUUUACGAGGCUGCUCAAAGCUAGAGGCUCUUCCAACCAAUAUCAACUUGGAAUCUCUCGAUUACCUUGAUCUCACUGAUUGCUUAUUGAUCAAAAAAUUUCCUGAGAUCUCUACAAACAUUAAGGAUCUCAAGCUCACGAAAACUGCAAUAAAAGAGGUACCUUCGACGAUCAAGUCAUGGUCUCAUCUUCGUAAACUGGAAAUGUCAUACAGUGAAAACCUCAAGGAACUCCCGCAUGCUCUUGAUAUCAUCACAACGCUGUACAUUAACGAUACAGAAAUGCAAGAAAUUCCUCAGUGGGUUAAGAAAAUCUCUCAUCUUCAGACACUUGGGCUAGAGGGAUGCAAGAGGCUGGUAACAAUCCCACAACUUUCAGAUUCCCUAUCACAACUAGUGGUAACAAACUGUGAGUCAUUGGAGAGACUUAAUUUCUCCUUUCAAAAUCAUCCAGAGAGAUUUCUCUGGUUUCUAAAUUGCUUCAAGCUAAAUAAUGAAGCGAGAGAAUUCAUCCAAACUAGUAGUACCCAUGCGAUCUUACCUAGUAGAGAAGUGCCUGCAAACUUCACUUACCGAGCUAAUGGGAGUUCCAUAAUGGUAAAUCUGAAUCAUAGGCCUCUUUCUACAACUUUGAGAUUUAAGGCUUGCGUCUUGCUAGUUAAAAAAAUUGACAAUGAUAAGGAGGAGGCCGCUGAUAGGAGAACAACUGUAAUUCCUAGAAUCAGGGAGAACGAUAAAAUUGGCGUCGAUGUUCCAUGGAGAUAUCGCUUUCACGUGCCUACCAUUUUAGAAGACCAUUUGCUCACCUUCCAAAUUGAAGCUGAUGUGACGUCCAACAAGCUUUUAUUUUCGUUCGACAUCAAGGACAACAACCAAGCGGUGAUUAAAGAAUGUGGAGUACUCCAACUCUAA